UUCAGUUUCUAAUCGGGGUCUUCCAUCGACGCUGUUGUCCUGACUGCUUAUGAUCCCUUAUUUAAAGUUGAAGCUGACGAAGGUUUUUCUGCUACUUCUGGGAAAGGAAGAAGUUUGUUACCUCACCUUCAAUGGACCAUUCAGCUCUUUUGGCUCUCAAAUACAUCAGUUGAUUUGCAUCAUUCGUCUUUACAAGACAGUUGUGACUCAGGUUUCUUGAGGAAGGGAGUUCUCCACUGAAUUUCAGUGGUUGAGCUGUUACGUUUUGACUAGUCUUCACCGCCAUCAUUUCCGCGAAAGUGCAUUCUGCAGACAGUUUGGCAUGGGUAGGAGACGCAAACAGAAGGAGGAAAUUCAAGAUUGAGAGCGUAAAAGCCGGGAGAAAAACCAUCCUGAGGACCUCCAUAUGGACUAUGGUGCCUUUGCUUACGCUUCCAAGGCUCUCAGCGAGUUGUUCCAAAAGCGAUCGUUCGAACGCGAUCGUUCGUACGUUUGUGUACGCCCCAAGUACUCCACUGCUUCCGAGAAACUGAGCUAAAGAAUCAGAAACUCUAGAAGGUGGAUUUGGGUACAUUAUAUCAUGAUCUGCAAGCAGUUGUCUUUUGGUGAAUGGUUCAUGUUGGCAAACAAAUGCUACAGGAAAAUUUACAGCAUUUCAGAUGAUUAAUUCCAUUUAUGGUUUACGUCACAGAACUUUUAAGACUGUUGAGGCGAGAUGUAACUGUUUUCGGUUCCUGGCGCGAAAAAAAUGCAAGGCGUUCUACUCAUACUUUUGAUUUUCAAAACAGGAUAACAGCACGAUUCUGUCCAUAAUAAGGUCAAAAACCCUGAAGGGGGUCGUCUGAAGCCGGCCUUUGAAGUUUUAUCUAGAUUAGUCAGUCUGUUUGUCAUGUGUUCUUUUCUCACGAUACUAUAUAUAUCCAUUACACUAUCCCAAAGUCUAGAGAUUCAACUUAAUUUAAAUUGAAUGAUAUACGCUGAUCUAACAGACCAAAGACAAUAACUGAAUACAAGAACAUAAUUAAUUUGAGGCCAUUUCGCAGAGGCUUGUCACUUAUCGAGCAAAGCUAUGACAACAACUUUAAUCUUGCUCGUGUAAUGUUACGAAUUACAAAUGUUUGAUUUGUUAACCUGAAUUGCAUUUAUUAAGACGAAAAUGAAUAGGAAAAAAAUUGCUAUAAAGUACUUAGAUCUAUCCUCUGGUUUGGGUUUUUCAUCAGUGAGCAGAAUUUUUUUAGGAUUAAUAUUUUUGCGGGUUCUCUUUUCUCGGUCGAAGUUUACCAGCUUGAUGCGUCCCUUCAUUUCGUGAGCAAUGCCAAGGCAUUUGGCAAAUGAAUCAUGAAAACAAGAUACGUAGACUCUGCCUUUGAGUCCAGUGGAGAGAAAUUUUCCAAAAGCUAUUCCUAUAUGUAGCCUGGGUUGAUGACGUAAAUUGGCCACCGUACAGAGUUGCUAAAGCUGAAAUUUUAAGAGUAAUACCCCUUCCUCAUUCGCUCUGUCGAAGAGGUAAAGUUCGAAACGUCAGCUAAAGUUAACCGAUUAACGUCAUCAGCUCAGUUAAUAAAACAAAAUUGUCUUGUAGUAACCCCCAAAUGACAGAGUAGGAUAGUGUACAAUUGAACAAUGCAUUUAAGACAAACCUGAUCAUUUCAACAGGAGCGAAACCGCUAUCAUUGAGAAUAGUGCCCCUGAGGCUCUAUGGGGGGGGGGGGAGGGGGCGCUUUUAGGAGAUUCACGUGGCUUUGUUAUUAAACUGAGUUCAUGUAUGAAACAUUCUUCACACUACCAUGACUUUCUUAUACUGAUUUCACGUUUGUACCUCAAUGAUACAAAUGAAACUAGGAGCGAAUGAUAAAAACGUGUAGAUAAGGUGCCUAAUCAGUUUCAUAUUGCUAAAAAAAAUUCCCUUCCUUUUUUUUUUUUUCUUUUCUUUGUUUUCUUUUGUGUUCGUCUCUUAUCUGCUUUGUUUUGUUUUUGUUUUUCUAAGGAAGGGAGAGGUAGGCGGAGGCAAAGCGACAUAAACUUUCAUGUUUUAACAGGAGGUAAAGAGCUCGUGGUUUGUGAAAUUUAACGAUUGAUUAAAUUGAACCAUGAAGUGACGCACAUCAAUGCACUUAGAGCUUUCUUCUGGCAAGUUCAGAAAACGAAAAAAAAAAAAAAAACAAAUAAAGCACCAGUUGAUUAGGAUUAAAAAAAAAGAAAAAAAAGAAAAAAGAAACAGAAACCUUCAAGCUGACUAGUUAAUAAAGCACUGGAAAGCAAAAAUGUACGAUAUCUACUGGAAAGUAAUUUUCAGCAACCCCUGUGACGUCACAGAUGCAGCAGCUCUGUGCUAAAGCACGUUUCAGCAUUUUCGCUUUCAUUCGUUGCAGUUUAAACUCUUGAUUGAUUCUAACACAAUUUCGCCCUGUAUUGACGUAAAUCAAAGGAACGGAAGACAAAAUAUUUCUUGUUACAAUUCCUACGGUCCUACACGCCUUGCUUUGAGCUGUUAUUACAGUUGUUGAGGAACUUGAGCGAAGGCGUGUGGAAAGACAACUAUCAUUCGCGUCAUGAAUCUUUCUUCGAAUGAAUUUCAUUUUGAUGAUUGCCUUCUUCCAGUUUCUCACGUAAUUGCGUUAAUUCCAAUUAACAUUUUAUCAAGUAUCGUCGGAACCAUCGGAAAUUCUUUGGUGAUCGCCACAGUUUAUACCAACAAGAGCUUACAGAUUAUUUCCAACUUCUGGUUGGCGAGUAUGGCUGUGGCCGAUUUGAUGGUCACUGCCUUGGGUCAGCCACUGCUCAUAGCAUUCUGGGGGCUUCAUGUGAACCACGAAUGCAACGAGGUGGUGUCCGAAGCAUUUCGUCUUGUGGGAAAUAUGUCGUGUUCAGCUUCAAUUCUUCACUUGUGUUUUAUCAGUAUCGAUCGCUGUCUCCUUAUCGUCCCACCAGUUCAAAGUAAAGCAAUCCGAACUGUGAAGAGGUUUAAGUUAGCGUUGCUUAUCGUUUGGAUUUUUCCGGUUAUUUAUAGUCUUUUGCGAUUAACAGUGAGCAAGAAAGCAACGUCCUAUUUUACCGUCUUUGCCGCUGAUGUAUGUUACUUGACCAUCAUUUGCUGCUACAUAUUAAUUAUCAUGAAGGUUUGGAAUCGUGACAAUGUUCGUAGUCACGCAAGACAGAGUGCCUCCCAAUUGGUUGAACGUCGCGUGACAGUCACGGUGGCUGUUGUUGUCGUGGUGUUCACAGUUUGUUGGAUUCCAAUAAUGUACCUUCGCAGUGCCUAUGCCCAGAGUAAUGUUGGAGUAGUAUACAACUGGGCGAGGACACUGGCUUUAAGCAAUUCUGCAAUGAAUCCGUGGGUCUAUUGCUUCCGUAUGGAAGAAUUCCUUGUUAAUUACAAACGACUCCUGAAGUGUGGCUUUAGAAACAAGCGUGACGGAAGCACCAUGAAUGAACUUAAUUUAGCGAUAACAGUCAAUUCAAUCGUUUUAAUGUAAAUGCCAUUGUUGUAGAGUCAGUUACCUGAUGCGGCCAACAUUCCAAAUGGUCUGCGUAGAACUUAUUUUGCUGAUUAUGAGCGGGUUUGUUGUUGUUUUUUUUUUUCGGUAAAUUCACUGCCAGAGUACUUGUAGCUGUGUCUGAAGUCGAGGUUUCCUGUCCAACUUUCAAAGUUAGACAGAAAGCCUCGAGUUUAGACACAUAUACACGCGCAGUUUAAAUUAAAAUUGCAUUUUUACUGAUUUUUUUCCCCCAUUUUUUCCUCUUGUACAUGUCUCGAGGAGACGAACAAUAGAAAUUGGUAAAGAAUCCUAAAAAUUGAAAAUGGAAUCAACGAAAGAAUAUUUCCUUUCUGUCUCGCAUUCAUGUGCUGAGCCUAAUGUCUAUAAACACAAAAAUAUGAUCCAAUAUUUCCUCAGCCUUAAUUUUCCUUUUUUAAGAUGUGUUUUUAAUUUCCUUUUCCUUUUUUCGGUUAAUUCGAAGCAUACCACAAAGAAAAAAAUAAUUGAAUCAUUACCAGGGGAGAUCAAAAGUCUAAACUUUCUCUAUAAAAUCAAUACUGGCAUCAAGAUCACAAAUUAUGGAGAUAUCGACAAAGGUAGUCAGCGAACAUGCCGACUGGAAGUAAAACAAAUUAAAAUCAGGCAGAAACACAAGCGACUUCAAAACUAUAUCAGUUGUUGUUGUAAUUUCUUGACCACUCAAUUUGAAAGCUCAGCGGAAACAGAUUUGGCUGAUAAUAUCACUCAUUUCCACAAUAACAAAAAUAAAAGGUUCUCAGAGAUCAAUACAAAGCAAAAACAAUGGUAUGAUAUGGAGUGUUUACGUAAAUUCAGUUAUCUUUUAUUUCAAUUUACUGCUUCUAGGAUCAAGAUAACAAAACGAAAACGAAUUUAAAGGACCGUACACAAAUGAGAAAAGACUUAAGGCAUUCAAAGUUAAAAAAAAAUAAAUAAAAAAUUAUCAAAAAAAAAUCAUCUAAAAAAAUGACAUAUAUUUUAAUUCCACUUACUCGAGGUUGCGCCCUUUGGGUCAAGGAGAUAAUUCCUGAAUUUUAAGCAUUUGUAGUAUGUCCUAAAUUUAAAUAAAAACUUGGCCAAACUAUU